GAUCGUUCGCUCUCGAUCGCAGUAGACGUUUGUUUUGUUUGGAUUAUUUUCCCCAGUCGGGUCGCGACCGGUACGUGCGCGUGUUUUAGCCUCGCACCAGCAUCGCGCGUCGUUUUGAUUGCUGACGCGCCCUCGUCUCCACCGACCGCGCAUGAUCGGCAUACCUGUCGGUCCGGAGAAGAGCUGAUCCGAUCAUCAGCAGCCUCACUUGUGCGGGUGGCCUCUUUUUGGGGCCUUUUGGCGUGGCUGAUGCCCGGUUGCAUUGCCGAUUGUCGGACUGACUGUGGAAAUCUGUCGUUUUCGGAUUGUUUUCGUCGUCGAGUCUUCUUUUGAGGGGGACAAAAUGUACAACGAAUAUAAAUAUUUCUGUCGUCGCGCCAAUAGCACUAAAUCGGCUUGAUGAAAUAAUGAGUCGGAUUCGGUUGGAUUCCUUGUUGCAGUCGUGAAACCCGGGAAGCGCUUUUGUGGUUUAUUUCAAGUUGAAGAUCAUUUCGAGUAGAUUGUAGAAAGUUUGACGCAGUGCAAAAUGUCUGUCAAAAGCUGUUUAAAUUGUGUUUAAACAAGUGUUUUAUGGCUUUAGUGAAAAAUGUGUUGGUAGCGGUUAACUUAGCAAGAUUACCCAAGUGUUACGAUUCGAUUCGCACUAUUUGCAUCUACUUUUUGCACGAUCGACAACGAAACUCGACCCGACCCGACCCGACGUCAGUUAGUCGGUGAAGUGACAAAGCGGAAUCGAAUUGUGAAUUGAUAUAGGUGCUAAUUACUUUGAGGUUACCAAGGGUUGACAGCCGACAGGAAUAUCGGGGACAUAAUCGACGUCAAUCCAGGCGCUGCGCAAGCCGAGUUCCCUUGUGGUAGGCUCGACUGCUAGCAAGAACCCAUGGCCGUGGCGGAUGUCCUACCAGCCUACUGAGAUCGUGGUACAUUACGUGCCAACUUGCGUCACCGUAACCGCUAUCGAAAGAAUGUGUGUAUUGUUUUCGCACACUGCACACGCCUGCUAUGAUUAAUGCCGAUUAGGUGAUUGGCAUUGGUUCGAAGCCAGCCUGUAGGCUGCUGUAAAAAGUGUUCUGCGCGAUCGUUUUUUCUUCUUCGGGUUUUUAGUACGUUCCGGGCAAAUAAUUGAAUUUCAUUCGCCUUCUAUCCUGCUGUUUCAUGCGUAGUGACGCACACGCCGAUAUCGGAUUAUCAUUUGAAUGGGAUGGAAAAAGAGUGAUCGAGUAAAAAAAAAAAUUGGAAUUCGAGGCCUUUUUUUCUGCCAAGGUCAAUUCGUUGCUACGAGAUCCAGUCGAGUUGAUGUGUGAGUGUUUUUUGUUUUGAGGACGGUGUUUUUCUCGAAUUCAGCAUAGUGAACGAGUGUGUAGAUUGGUAUUUUUUUUCAAAAGAAACAAGUGUGGUUCCUGUCAUCCAGAAUAGCGACCAGGUGUUUUGUUGUUCGUCGGCUACCAAAAAUGAGAUGAUUCAAAUGGAAUAAUGAAUUUGGUUUUUAUUCUGUUUUUAUGAUAUGACGUGGAAAGUGCGGUCGAAGUUAUGUGAAGAAUGCUGAGUUAGAAUCGAUUAAAGUGAAGUGAAGUGAAAUUAAAUUGUUUUUUUUUGUACGAUUGAAGCGUGUUGUGCUACAAGUACGAAUUCUCUGGAGAAAUCAAGGGAAUAGCAAAGAUUUAUUCGUGUCCUGAUAAAACCGAUGCAUGCGUGCGUUUGUGUGUUUAUGUGCGUGUUCGACCUAUCGACCGGUUGCACGUCCCAGAAAAAAAACAGUCGCACGUCAGUCACAACCUUCCCCUGAUCGUUCAUCAGACGUUGGUCGCAAAUCCUAGAUGAUCCAGUUGACAUAAUUUUUGGGAAUUUCCCACCUGGCUAGUCGCUAAUCCCGCGCCGGAAUGAAGUGUUGUUAUCUUGUCACAUUUUGUUCGGUCGAUAAUGAGUCGAUCGAUUAGUGACUGAAAGCACGGUUAAGCCCCCGGUGGAGGCAGGAUGACCGAACCGAGUCUGGCAUCCUCAUCCUCCUCUGACUCCGCCUCCUUUUCCUCCUCCUCCUACGGCAAAUGCUCGGUUCGAAGUAAAGAUUCGCCGGUUGAGCCAACGAGAACUGUGGGCAACUUGGAGCCCCAACCGACGGGUGACGUCAAAGCGAUUGCCACAGCUGAGGCUGAGGUUCGUUUGAUCCGGAAUUCAACGGCACAGAACUGGGAAGAACCAAGCAACGGUUCUGUUGAAAAGGAAGCCGCGGACAAAAUGAUCGGCAUGACGAGAAAUGGCCGACCAAGGCAGCGGAAAACUGCUGUUUACAAAGGAUUCUGGGGUGAUGAAGAUGGAAGUGGCCGCCAGUACCGAUCCGGAUCGGGAUCUCUAUCGUCCGGAGUCGAAAGUGACGAAGAAAUGGUUCGAUUUCCGUGUGUCGAACGACUAAUUGAAAUGUAUGCAAAUAUUAUCAAACAACAGGAGACCGAAACGAAAAGGUUUAUGAGUGCCGUUGUGAGUGGGGCUCGUGGAGACGAACGAGAAGUUGUUAAACAACGAUUAGAUAAGACGGUAGGGGCGGUUGGUUCCAGUGAUAAGACCGGUGCGAAUAAUGUCUGUGGAACACAGCCGGGCUCGGUUGGUAGUCCUGCAUCGGCCGAGCAACUGGAAACAACCAGUGCCAGCAGAAAACGCACCAACGAAAGUCCCACUUCAGACGACGGUUGGACUACAAACCCGCAAAGCCCGUACUGUUCCAGCGACGAAGAUAGUUCCGGCAAUCAAAUGAAGAUGAAAAUCCGAGAUAAAGUAACUCGCUCGUCGAGUUCCGAUUCUGCGCUCGGUCUUGACGAGGACCUCAGCCAACAGGAACAGCAACAGAUCAUCAGCAGUGUCGGAAAAACGCGCCGCCUAACGCUUGGAGUAGCAGACAUUCCACUACGGUCGGCACUACUGCCAGUUCCGGAACCGACACUCCUGCCAACUUCAGACAGCUCGACGAUUGGAGUCGAACAUUGUCCGACGAUUGUUCGCAGCAAAAUGAUCCUGGAAGCACAGCUCAUCGAACUGCCGCUCGGUAGCAAUGCUCCUCUCGCCGAAUCCGUUUCCACCGAAGCAUUCGGAUGUCAAAGCAACUCGAUCUCACGGCGGGAAUCCGCCCAAAGUUAUGUCAGCGAUUCCGGUACCGACGGAGUCCGGUACGUUCGCACACCUUCGGUCGUGGUGUCCGACUAUUCGGACGAAACGAUGUGUGGCAUCACGCUGGAAGAAAUAGAAUACCUACGUCGGCAUCAGCUCCGUCGGGCAUCCAUCGAUUGCGAGUCGGAUGUCAGUGCCGCUUCGUCCUGCAGCAAUCUGAACUACUGCGGUUCGUCGAUCAGUGCGCUGGAAGGUUGUGACUAUCAGUGCGGACUGCGGACACCGGAACGGAAAGUGUCGGACUGUUCGACCUGUUCGACGCUGAGCAUCGACGAGGAGGAUCCGGUGCUGCGGCAACGUUUACAGGAACUUAGCCUGAGACCACCGGGAACGGCCGAUGGAUCGACGGAGCAGGAGGCCACGAAGAGACGCGUCAAGAAUAAGGUUAGUUAUACGAGGCACCAUGAAUUGGAAUUGAUGUUCGCCCCCGGGGCCGCGAUGCCGUGCCGUGCCGUGCCGGGGAGGGGGUGCAGAUUGAUUGCGAAGUAAGGUAAGAAAGGAUCU